AUGGUUCUCGAGCGCCUUCAACAGCUGACCCAUCAGGUCCAAGCUACUUCUCCCCCUCCUCACCCUUUAGACCCUCUCUCGACGGUGGAAAUCGACGCCGCUGUCGCCCUUAUCCGCAAGGAAUACGGCAAGGUCAACUUCAAUGCGGUCACCCUGUAUGAGCCCCGCAAGGCGGAGAUGAUGGCAUGGCUGGAGAACCCGCAGAAGGCUCCCCGUCCCACUCGUGCGGCCGACGUCGUUGCCAUUGCGCCGGGCGGCAAGGUCUACGAUGGAAUUGUCGACCUUGAUGAGAAGAAGAUCGUGAGAUGGGAACACACGCCUGGCGUGCAACCUUUGAUCACCAUGGAAGACUUGCAGGAGGUCGAGUCGAUUGUUCGCAAGGACCCCAAGGUCAUUGAGCAGUGUGCGAUCAUCGGCAUUCCGAAGGAGGAUAUGUACAAGGUUUACUGUGAUCCUUGGACAAUCGGCUACGACGAGCGCUUUGGAAAUGGUGUCCGUCUGCAGCAGGCUCUCAUGUACUACCGUCCGCACAUUGACGAUUCUCAAUACACGUAUCCUCUGGACUUCUGCCCUAUCUUUAACGCGGAGACCAAGCAAGUCAUUCAUAUCGACAUCCCGCCGGUGCGGAGGCCCAUCAGCAAGGCGCCUCCCAACAACUACCACCCGGCUUCAAUUGAGAAAGAGGGCAGUUACAGGACAGAUAUCAAGCCCAUUCACAUCACGCAGCCAGAGGGCGUUUCUUUCGGCAUCAACGGACGUACUAUCGACUGGCAGAAGUGGAACAUUCACGUUGGUUUCAACUACCGUGAGGGUAUCGUCUUGAACAACAUCACCUUCAAUGACAAUGGAAAUGUCCGUCCUGUGUUCUACCGUCUGUCUCUUGCGGAGAUGGUCGUCCCCUAUGGAAACCCUGAGCACCCUCAUCAGCGCAAGCACGCUUUCGACUUGGGAGAGUAUGGUGGUGGCUAUAUGACCAACAGUCUGUCCCUCGGCUGCGACUGCAAGGGUGCUAUCCACUACAUGGAUGCUGCUUUUGUCAACCGCGCAGGUGCUAGCACCAUUGUCAAGAACGCCAUCUGUAUUCACGAAGAAGACGCCGGCAUUCUCUUCAAGCACACUGACUUCCGCGAUGAGUCUGUGAUUGUAACCCGUGGUCGGAAGCUAGUCAUCUCCCACAUCUUCACUGCCGCCAACUACGAGUACUGCGUCUACUGGAUCUUCCACCAGGAUGGUACUAUCCAGCUCGAUAUCAAACUCACCGGUAUUUUGAACACCUACGCCAUGAACCCUGGCGAGGACACCAAGGGCUGGGGAACUGAGGUCUACCCUGGCGUCAACGCACACAACCACCAGCACCUCUUCUGUCUGCGUGUGGACGCCAACGUCGACGGACCCAACAACACGGUCUUCCAAGUCGACGCAACUCGCAGUGAAGCCGAGGUCGGAAGUGCAGAGAACCCGUACGGAAACGCAUUCUACGCUAAGAAGACGAAGUACACUACGCCUCUCGAAGCAAUGUCCGACUAUGACGGCAACACGUCCAGAACCUGGGAGAUUGCCAACACCAACAAGCUGAACCCCCACAGCAAGAAGCCCGUCUGCUACAAGCUUGUCAGCCGUGAAGUACCUCCCUUGCUCCCCAAGGCAGGUAGUUUGGUCUGGAAACGGGCUGGAUUCGCUAGACAUGCCGUGCAUGUCACUAAGUACUCCGAUGACCAGAUUCACCCCGCCGGUCGCCACGUACCCCAGACCUCUGGUGAACCAUCCCACGGCCUGCCGGCGUGGAUUGAAGCCGCUGGUCCGAACUCCUCUAUCGACAACACGGACGUCGUCCUGUGGCAUACGUUUGGCCUUACGCACUUCCCCUCCCCUGAAGACUACCCCAUCAUGCCUGCUGAGCCAAUGACUUUGCUUCUCCGUCCGAGACACUUCUUUGCGAGGAACCCUGCCUUGGAUGUUCCUCCUAGUUUUGCUCGCACACCGUCGCAGGUUGCUGCUGGCGCUGGAGCAUGCUCUUCUUGUAAGAAGAGUGAUGGAUCUAGUGUUCAGGUCUAG